AUGUCAUCUUCCCCUGGAAUUGAAUUUGGGGGAAAUGAAGAGGAGGCCAAAUAUUCAUGGAAUGACUACCUCCCCUCUCAAGGCAAUGACGGGAUCCCCACGAAACCGGGUCCUGAUGAAAGGAAGUCGGAGCUGCUUCCCGCCGGCUGGGAAGCCAACAAGGAGGUGUAUACACUGCGCUACAAGUCCACAGAUGAUGCCCAUGAGCUGCUGCUGAAGGCCAUCAUGGUGGAAGACAGUAUGAUCCUCAAUGUUAUGGAUCGCAGUUCUCAGAAGGUGGCAGAUGUGACCUUGGCAGUGGCCGACUACAUCAACCCAGAGCACCUGGACGAUUUCCACAAGGUGUACAAGAACACCGAGGAGCUGAGGACAAGGAUUGCUUCGGGCAUCAUCGCUCCCCUUGGGGCCCCUGCAGAAAAGGCCAAAAAGGAGCCCGAGGCUGAGAAGAAGGAUCCUGACUUGCCCCAGGAUUAUGACCCCCUCAGGGUCCCUCCCCGGCAGCCGGCAGGCACGAGGGCACCGUCCUGGCCUUCCCCCUUGAGCCCCUUCGCUGUUGGUGGGGAAGACCUGGACCCUUUUGGAGGUCGGAGUGGGGGAAUGAUCGUGGAUCCUCUCCGGUCUGGCCGCCCGCAGCCUGGCAUUGACCCAUCGUCAGGCAUUCCAGGCCGGCUUCCCCCAGGAGCAGUUCCGCCAGGCGCCAGAUUCGACCCCUUUGGCCCGCUGGGAGCUGGCAGGUCUGGGCCAGAUCCCGACCACCUUCCCCCUCCAGGCUAUGACGACAUGUUCAUGUGA